ACACAUAAACCAUUUUGAUGACCUUUAUUUGUGAUUGUGCUUAUUAUGCAUUACGACUACAAUUUUUUACACAUAUUGGGCACAUCUGUUCAUUUAAUUUUUGCGCAUAGAAUAGUGCAUUAAUUGUAUUGUAUAAUACGUUAUUAACGCCACCAAUAGUGGUGUUCGAUAAAUGACGCAGUUCGAAGCAUCUCUAUGUUAGCCCACUUACAAACAGCUGUUACGUCGUCACGCCUUUUGCAUAAAACACUAGACACAUAAGGUAAAACAAUGCAAAAUCUAAUAAUGGAGUUGAAAAAGACAAGUUGCAUGGUGACAGAAUGAUUAAAUAGAAAAUGAAUACCCAAAUUACAUACAAUAUGAAUUUAAAAGACAAAGCAAAUUGCAUAUUGCUUAAUUUGUAAAGUACAAUAUAGUAUGUGCAGUUUGAUCUAGAACAAAUCUUGACUCAGAUUACAUAAAGACAAAGAGUAAUAAUUGAAAACAGAAGCAUUCACCUAGUCUCAAGUCUAAACAAUUAUCAUGAACCCCUCUUUAGUAAUUAAACAGGGGACAACUACUGGACAAUCUGGCAUGCAAACUGGAAUGGUUACAGUACCCAUUACUGUCAGUUCAAGCAUGUCCAAUACUAUACCUAAUGCUUUAACAAUGAACAAACCUGGACAGAAUGUUGUGGUCACCACACAAAACUUGGGGUCAGGUCAACCCACCAUUUUGCCUAAUGUACAAAUAUUAAACAUGAGACCUGAAGCACCUUCAGUUGCGGCACAGAAGUCUGUAGCUACAGUAUCACCACGAGUUGUAAUUGGCACACAGCAAGUAGUUGGUGCCAGAGCUGUAGCCCCAGGUAUUACGUUGCAAACAUUGCAAAGCCUACAACAAGGACAGCAGGGUCAUUUGUUGUUGAAGACUGACACUGGACAAUAUCAACUGUUAAGAGUUGGCCCUGCUCCUGGAGGCAAUACCCUUGCUGCACCACAACCGCAGACUCUGCGGCUAUCCACAGUGCCUGCACACCCCGGCGUGGCUACAGUAUCUACUAGCAUUGCGGCACCAGCCCAAAUGCCUACACAAAUACAGCAAGGGCCAGCACCAGUGUCAGUUUCUGCAAGCAUGCAAUCUGCUACUCCACCACCACAGCCACCGACUGUCACAACUCAAAAGCCCUCAGAUAAUACAAAGGAAAAGUGCCGUAAUUUCCUUGCAAAUCUACUUGACCUAUCUAGCAAGGAACCCAAAUCUGUUGAAACAAAUGUGAGAAAUCUCAUUCAGGAACUAAUAGAUGCUCAAGUGGAGCCUGAAGAGUUCUGUAAUAGACUUGAACGUUUACUAAAUGCAAGUCCUCAACCUUGCCUGAUUGGAUUCUUGAAGAAAAGCUUACCAUUACUUAGACAGUCAUUAGUUACUAAAGAAUUGGUCAUUGAAGGUAUUAAUCCUCCUGCACCUCAUGUCGCAUUUUCAAAUAUUCCUGCCCCAACGCAACAAGUUGUAAGUACUUCUAAUGUACAAAUGCAAAAACCUGCUCCAAAAGUGGGUGGAACAAUUGCAGUGCUACAGAACAUACCUGUGCACACUAAAAUAAAUGUUGGCAAAGUUGGGAAAACUGUGGGAGUAAAUAACAAAGCUAAUUUCCCACGCCCUGGGUUGUCAUCUGCUGCACUAUCCACUGUUAUUACACCUGGACAAUCACUUUUGAAGGAAAAAGAAAAAAGAUCCUCAAUGCCCUUUACUCCACCUCACUUUGUUGAUGACAAAAUGGCAGGUGAUGAUGACAUAAAUGACGUCGCUGCCAUGGGUGGAGUGAAUUUAGCCGAGGAAAGCCAAAGGAUCCUUGGAUCUACUGAAAUGAUUGGAACACAGAUAAGGUCAUGUAAAGAUGAAUUCUUGGUACCAAUGCAUUUGAUGCAAGCUAGAGUGAAAGCAACCUGUGCCAAGCACGGGCUAGAGGAACCACCUCCUGAAGUAUCAGCGCUCUUAUGUCAUGCUCUCCAUGAGAGGCUCAAGACUAUUGUGGAAAAGCUAGCAGUCAUUGCCCAGCAUCGAAUCGAUCUCUGUGUUAAGAUGGAUAACCGAUAUGAGAUUUCACAAGAUGUGAAAAGUCAGAUUAAAUUCCUGGAAGAGAGAGAUCGCGUUGUGAAGAAGAGAUGCGAGGAUACUGAACGCGAGAUGUUACUUCGCGCUGCAAAGUCUCGGUCAAAGAAUGAGGAUCCUGAGCAGGCGAAACUUAAGGCUAAGGCUAAAGAAAUGCAACGCGCAGAAUUAGAAGAGGUUCGCCAACGGGAAGCGAAUCUGACAGCUCUUCAGGCUAUCGGACCGCGCAAAAAACCACGACUUAAUGAAGGCAUUGGUGGGUCAGGGGAUAAUGUUUCGACCAACACUAAUCAAACUUCAAGUGGCAUGACUGGUCGGGGACAGAUGGCGCUGCGCACUCGUAUAAAGCGUAUCAACCUUCGCGACAUGCUCUUCCUUUUGGAACAAGAAAAAGAUACUGCACGGUCACUUUUGCUGUACCGUAGUUACCUAAAGUAAUUGAAUAAUAUGAAUUAAAUUUAUCAAAUCAUAUCACAAACAUAAUGUUUGAAUACAUUCUGGAGAUAGAUAACUGUUAUGUCUAAUAUUUUUCAUUUCAAUAAUUUCUCUUCAUAUUUA